AGAAUCCCUACCCAUCUAAUUUCUCAAUCGUACUAAACCAGGCUCCCCUUUUUCCCUAAUUGUUAUUACCUUCAUGAGGUUCAACCUAGUAAUUUUCCAGCUCCUCUCCCGUUUUUUUUUUUCUCUCUUUGCCCUGACUUUACCGAUUUACUACUAGAUUUUUUCCUCCUUUCCUUUUUUUUCCUUCACACCCAGUCAAUACAACCUAAGAGAGGAUCAUUACCAAAGGCCCAAGGUUACUGUGCAGUAGCGCACGAACAUCGCGUUCUCUGCUCAAGCAUCCCAGCCCCCCCUCUCCCUCUAACCCCCUUCCCACUCAACGUCCUUCCUUGUGUUAUCUUUUCCCGAAUUCGCUACUGAACGCCAUUUCUUCUUCUCUUUUCUUCCUUAUUCCUCGUUGGCGCCUCACCAUCACACUCCUUAUCUAUCCCACCGUAGGCCAACCAUCGCCAAACCCCCCCUCCGAGGAAUCAAUCUUUACACGUCCCCUCUCCCCCGCCUGCCCAUCAUGUCGCUCUUCAACUGGUGUACGAGAAGAGCUGGAGGGUUGGCUAUGUUGAUGACACUAGCUCUCAGCUACUAUGUCAUCUCGAGGGAAGCAACUGCGUCGCGAUAUGAUUACAAGUACGCACAGCAAGAUACCUUAAGCAGGCCAACACACUCUGCCAGCUCUAUGUCUGAAGGACAAGGUGGUGGACUAUGGACGGUCGUAUUUGCCUACUACUCUCUAUUAAUACAUAUUCUGGUUUUCGCCUUCCCGAUGCGUUCUUGCUACGCCAUUUUCGACGUUACUCGAGGCUUGACGAAAGCUGCGCGGGGUCGAUCUCUAAGGGAUUUCAAGCUAUCCCACCGUCGUCGCGGUUCAUCUACCUCUCUAUCUAGCUCCGAGACAUUGACCUCUUCCAAAGAAGAUUCUCUCCCUUCCUCGACUACAAGCAGCGAAAUUGGCGAUAUUGAACCUGAAUUCUACACUGAUAAUGAUGCGGAUUCCGACCGUGUCGUUCACGCAAUCGUUAUUCCCAACUACAAGGAAGAAGUCGAUAGCUUGAGGGAAACACUUGACGUUUUGGCGUGCCACCCCCAGGCUCGUGAUUCCUACGAUAUUUACCUUGCUAUGGAACAGCGCGAACAUAAUGUCGAACUCAAGGCAAUGAACAUUAUCCAGGAAUUUGUCAAGAAGUUUCGCUCAAUUGAUUUCACUCUGCACCCGUCUGAUAUCCCUGGCGAGUCUCCUGGAAAAGGUAGCAAUUUGGCAUGGGCUGCGCGCAAGCUUAGCGAGAGAUAUUCUAUGGGCUGCAGGAAGGAUGUAAUCGUUACUGGAAUUGAUGCUGACAGUCAUUUGUCCACCAACUAUUUCGCUCACCUAACUAGCAUGCAUCUAUCGUACAAGGAAACUGCCAGCACUACUCUCUAUGCCGCUCCUAUCAUCUUCGACCGUAACGCACACGCUGUUCCCGCCAUUGUUCGUGUAGCCGAUAUUCUAUGGGCUGGUGCCGGUCUGUCUGGUCUCUACAGUGGUUCGACUAUUGCUCCUCCUACGUCUGUCUACUCUGUGCCUCUUGAAUUGGUUGACCGAGUUGGUGGUUGGGACUGCGACUCCGAGGCUAUCGGCGAGGAUUUGCACAUGUAUCUGAAGUGUUUCUUUGCGCUAAACGGAAAUCUGACUGUGAGAACCAUCAUGAGCCCUGUCAGCCAGAGCAACGUCAAGGGUGAUGGUGGCAAGGGCGUUCAAGGACUCUACAACGAUAUGGGUGCCCGUUACAAGCAAGCUCUACGACACAUGUGGGGAGCUCUCGAUUCUGGCUUUGCUAUCAGGAAGUUCAUGGAGCUCUGGCAAGAGCGCAAGCACACUGCCAGAGCUUUCCGACCUCUACACGUCGCCUUGAACCACCCUACCGAUUCGUACCUUACGCAGACCCAAUUGGAUAUGAGCCCCGAACAGACUCUUGAGAGUGGAAUCUUCAGCGACGUUACUUCUGACACCCUGAAAGAGCCUGACUGGCAACGAAUCAUCUUUCUCUUCCACCGACUCUUCGAGGCCCACUUCUUACCUCUUCAAACCACUAUCCUCAUCAUUGCUUCCACCCUCUACAUCUGGGUUACAGAUGGCAGUUCGGAUCCUCACCAAAUCAGCUGGAUCUUCAUUGUCUGCAACGUAUUAAGAACUGCCGGUUUCAUGGAGGUCGUUCUGAUGCUAUUCCUAUAUGAGCGACUACAUAAAAUCUGUGCCACCACGCGUGAGAGGGAAAUGACUGAGGCCGGUCUCUCCAAGGGAAUGUGCUUCUCUCACCGAAACAUCAGACAAAACUAUGUCGACUACGUCAUGGCACCCCUAGUCGCACCGUUAUACGGUGCUAUCCCCACCGCACAAGCUCAGCUUAUGCACUUCUUCACGCUUGAUCUCGUUUACACAGUCAGUAAGAAGGUCACAAGGCAAAGAGCAAAGUCUAUAAUUGCCAGUGUCAUGCCCUAAUGGACCUUAACGGAUGAGUUGUUUUGAGUUUAAUAAUCUUCGUCCAGGCUGACUAUUGCGAUGGUUGAGCCUGAUGCGCGCUUUCUGUUCGAUUCUCCACAUACCCGUUGAAGACCGAAGAAGCGAGCGACCUUUUCCGAAUUUUUGAAAGAAUAGCUCCACGGAGCGUGUGUAAAUAGAGGACAUGAUGUUGAUAUGCAUGGCAUCGGCAUUGGCAUUCUAGAUACGGGGAUACUUUUUUCUGGGCUCACGGAGUUCAUGGAGCAAAUCGCAGGAGUGAAAAAGACUUCCUGCCGGCAUUCGUUUACGUGGCAAAGAAGAGAAGAGGGCCGGGAUGAACACGGCUCUGUAGUCUAGUUCGACUCGUCGAGGUCGAAGGACACAUCCGUCCAAUUGGGGGGCGGGCUAGCCCAGCGAGGACGACAAGACGGGGGUUCACGAUGGAGAGCAACCCACGACACCUAAUGCGCAAAUCUGGCCCGGUAAUAACUAAUAAUGAAUGUACAUAAGAAGAUCAGUCACCUGACGGGGCUGAAGAUUACGAGCAACAUGGCGACCGAGAAUAGUUGUCAAGCAGUACUCUUCAAGCUUACAACAAUAAAUGAUAAAAAUCGUAUUGCUCUAGAACUACAUAUGCCUCUCAUGAAUUGACGAGUUAGUGACGCAGCUUUUUACCUGGAAUUUUUCAUCCUC